AUGGCCUCUUUCAUGCAGUAUCUUCGUGGGGAUCCACGAGCGCCAGGCGAACGGAAGUUGGUCGUUAAACUCGACCUUUUUAUCCUUACCUUCUGCUGUUUGAUGUACUUCCUGAAUUAUCUGGAUCGGUCCAACCUCAAUAACGCGUACGUGAGUGGAAUGAAGGAAGAGCUUGGAUUUCGCGGGAACCAGCUCAACCAAAUCAACACUGUCUUCACGGUUGGGUACACAAUCGGACAAGUACCCUGCAACCUAGCACUUUACUACGUGAAACCAAAGAUCUUCUUUCCAACUUGUAUGGUGGUAUGGGCUGGCCUCACAAUGGCGACAGCCGGCGCGCAUCAUCCACGAGACAUCAUGGCCAUUCGAUUCUUCCAGGCUAUAUUUGAAGCUUCCACAUUUGUUGGGACCCACUACAUUCUAGGGUCGUGGUAUACCGGACGCGAGCUUGGCAAACGAUCGGGCAUUUUCACAGCUUCUGGACUCGCUGGGACCAUGAUUGGAGGUUUCAUACAAACCGGAAUUCACUCUAGCAUGGAUGGAUUGAGUGGUCUGUCGGGCUGGCGCUGGCUCUUUAUAGUUGAUGGCAUUAUAACACUCCCAGUUGCAGUAUACGGGUUUUUCCUCUUUCCGGAUACACCGAGAACCACCAAAGCGCCGUAUUUUACUGCAGAUGAGAAAGCUCUUGCUAUCUCUCGCGUACCCGAGAUCCCAGAACGCACGCCAAUCUCCUGGGGCUUUCUCAAACACUGCUUCUCCACCUGGUUUUGGUACUUCUUCGUUGUUCUUUGGAUGAUCGCAGGCGAGACGGAAUCGUUCAGCUCAAACGCGCUGCUGUCACUUUAUAUGAAAACACAUCCGACCAAGAAGUAUACUGUCUCGCAGCUUAAUAAUUACCCAACUGGUGUGCCGGCCGUUGGGAUUGUGUCCACCUUGUUCUGGGCGACACUGACAGAUUUCUGGGGUGGAAGACGUUAUCUAGUGGGAUAUUGGAUCGGCAUCACAGGCGUGGUAACCAGCGCUCUCAUCCUAGCCUACCCAGAAAGCACCAGCAUCAACUUUGGUAUGUAUUACUGGGCGGGAAGCGUCUAUGCGUGUCAAGCAACAUUCUUCGCAUGGGCCAACGACGUUUUGCGCUAUGAGGAAGACAGUCUGCGAGCUGUGGUCAUAGCUUCUAUGAACAUGGGAAACAACGCCAUCAAUGCGUGGUGGAGCAUUGUGUUCUAUGGCGCAAACUUCGCACCUUAUUUCACAAAGGGCAUGUACGCGAUGAUCGCUACUAGCAUUGCUUUGGCAAUCUGGACGGCACUGCUCGUGUGGAUGCAGAGACGGACAGAUCGGAGACGAGAACACGAAGGCGUCUACGCGAGUAGAGAGGAAAAAGAUCCUGUAUCUGUGCAGGAUGAGCCCGAUGAGAACAAACAUGUUAAUUUGAAAGCCUGA